GCAUAAAUGACGAGUCAAAAGAAAUACAAAAUUCCACUCCUUCGGAACGAGCCAAUGAAAUCGAAAGGGAAAAUAAAGGCUUUAAUCCUCAUAUAGCCUAUUUACGAGAUAACAAUAAUAAAGCCAAAGUUGAAAUGACACAAAUAUCAGAUCUCACGUUAUUUAAAGUUUCUAUAUAUGAAGCAUUUGUAAAUAAUGGACACAUAAAGUCAACAAGGCCGAUAUGGAAGAAUCCAUGGGUUAUAGGAGGUGCAGCGGCCUUUACCGGAG